AUGGGAGGCAUGGUACCGUUCGCCGCUGGCUGUGCCCCCUUCCUGCUGUCAACUCCACUGGCACUGUCGCCAUACGCGGCGCUUAUGCCUGCCGGAGCCAGGGCAUCGGUCGCGCGGUUCGCCACCGAUCCGCCAGGAGUGCCCGGCGAUGCCCCGCCCUUAGAGUCUAAGGACGCACCGUCAGCAGUCACCGCCGCUGACCCCGUUGCAGCAGCGGUUGGCAUGGUCGCCCAUUGCAAUGGACCAGCUGUGGUUGGUGCCGAGGCUGUGCGCGCAGAGGGAGCGUCGAAUUGGGGUUCUGUGGCGGUGGUACUGCCCAGAGCCGGUGCUGGUGGUGGUGCGGUUGCUGGUGUCGAUGUGCCUGCUGCAAUCCGGUCUCUGCCGCUGGUCGUAGCUGCCACUUCCACUUCCGCAUUGAAUUGCUACACCGCAAAGGCGUCACCCUCGCCACCAACGACUACUGCAGCCUGCACGACAGCGAACACGACAGCCGCGUCCUCGCCAUCUCCCGCUGCCGCUGCUGCCGCUAGCACCUCGGCCUUGGCCUUCCGCUUCCGCACGGGGCGCCGCAAAAUGACAGCAAUAGAGCGCGCCGCUGCCACCGCACAUGACGCCUUGUCUGCCGCCACUGCCGCCGCCGUUGUACGGCAGCCUAGAUCCGCCGUCAUCGCCGCCAGCGCUCCCCCUGGGCCCCUUGGCGCGUAUCUGGGACAGCGGGUUCAGUCUCCGUCAGACAAUGUCGCCGUCAACAGAGACAUGGCCGCGGAUUUGGACUUGGGUUUGGGGGAGAUGGAGGCGGAUGCGGAUGCGGACGCGCAACGUGAAGCAGUGGAACAGCGGCGUCGGUUUGUGGGUCUGAAGAACGAGACGGAGAAGGCCCGCAGUCGGGCUGCCCGGCGACUGGACUGCUUCAUGAAGGAGCUGUCCGUUCCGCUGAGCCGCUACCUGGCGGGGUUCCCCCCUCCGGGGCGACUUCACCCCUUCGAGGGGGCGCUGCUGGCGCUGACGGUGGGGGAGGGCAACUACAAGGCGGCGCUGCAGCGAGUGGAUCGGCUGAGGCGGGCGGUGCAGGUGGGCAAGGGAGCUGCUAGCCGGGCGGGGAGCGCCCCCAACCGGGCCGCAGCUACCGCCCUGUCCGAGGAGGGGGUGCAGGCCUUAGAGACGGUGUUCACAGCUGGGGCGCGCCACGUAGAUGACUUGAAGGAAAUCGCCAAGAAGCUCCGCUCCCUGCCCUCCCUGGACACCUCCCUGCCCACCCUCGCCCUGGUGGGCGCCCCCAACGUGGGCAAGAGCAGUCUGGUCAACAUCUUGUCCAGUGGUACGCCCGAGGUGUGCAACUACCCCUUCACCACCCGCUCCAUAAAGAUGGGGCACUUCUAUUUGGACGCGCAGAAGCAUCAGGUAACCGACACCCCCGGUCUUCUGCGCCGUCCCGAUUCGCUCCGAAACCGCAUGGAGCUGCUCACCCUCGCCGCCCUGGGCUGUCUGGACGCUGUGGUGGUGUACGUGGUGGACCUCACUGAGGAGUGCGGGACCAGCUUGUCGGAUCAGUGGGCGAUACGGAAGUGCGUGCCUGAGCACGCGAAGACCGGCACGCGGCCACCUGCCUUUGCUCACCACCGGGGGCUCGUGUGUGUAUAUGCGUGCAGAGAAGUACGACAACGCUUUCCCGACAGACCUUGGAUUGACGUACUGUCCAAGGCUGACAUGCUUCAGGGCACGUUUGCUGUGGCGGACGAGAGGAUACGGCAACAGCGACGGGACGCCUCCGACACCGCGGCUGCAGCGUCGACGGCUGUGGAUGAUGCCGAUGGCAUGUACGGCAGUGUUAACGGCGACGGCGCGCCAGGUACCAAGGCACCGGCGUUAGUGACGGCGACGACGGAAACCGAGAUGGACGGGCCUGAAGACCUAUCCGCCGUAGAAUUCACUGUACGGCUGCCGUACGCCUCUCAGCAUCCACAGGUUGCGGAGGCUGUGGAGGGGAGUCCGGAGAUGCAGCAGGGAGGGCAGGGCCAAGGAACGACGCGCCUGGUAACCUUCUUUACGUCUUAG